CCCCUCAACUCCGCCCCCUCGUUGCCUUCCUAGCGCGCAGGCGCAGGCGGCGGCAGCAGCGCGAGGCUCCGAGCCGGGCGGAGAGGCGCGAGCUGUGCACGCCGCGGAGGGACGGAGCGAGCGCGCGGCUACCCGCCUUGCCGCGGCCAGCGAGCGCGAGGCGCCGACCGUCGCCUGGCGAGCGCGGCCGGGGGGUGAGCGGCAGCUGCGAUCAGCCCAGCGGUCGCUGAGCGAGCGAGCGAGCGAGAGUGAGGUGGCGGCUCCCUUUCGGCUCCCUGCGCGCAUUCGCACACUCGCACCGCAAGCCCGCGCAUUUCGAGGCGCAGGUUCCCCCCUUCCCCUCUCUGUGAGGGGCGCAGAGUGCCCAGCCCGGCAGCCACCACGGAAGCGGCCAUGGGGGACCGAGAGCAGCUGCUGCAGCGAGCCCGCCUGGCCGAGCAGGCGGAGAGAUACGACGACAUGGCCUCGGCCAUGAAGGCGGUAACUGAGCUGAAUGAGCCUCUCUCAAAUGAGGAUAGAAACCUGCUGUCUGUAGCCUACAAGAAUGUAGUUGGAGCUAGACGAUCUUCUUGGCGUGUCAUCAGCAGCAUAGAGCAGAAGACUAUGGCGGAUGGGAAUGAGAAGAAAUUGGAAAAGGUUAAAGCCUAUAGGGAGAAGAUAGAAAAGGAGCUUGAGACGGUCUGCAAUGAUGUUUUGGCUCUCCUAGAUAAGUACUUGAUCAAGAACUGCAAUGACUUCCAGUAUGAAAGCAAGGUCUUUUAUCUGAAAAUGAAAGGCGAUUACUACCGCUAUUUGGCAGAAGUUGCUGCUGGAGAGAAGAAGAACAGUGUUGUGGAAGCCUCAGAAGCUGCCUAUAAAGAGGCUUUUGAAAUCAGCAAAGAGCACAUGCAGCCCACUCACCCAAUUAGGCUGGGGCUGGCACUCAAUUUCUCAGUGUUCUACUAUGAAAUCCAGAAUGCUCCUGAGCAGGCCUGCCUUUUAGCCAAACAAGCCUUUGAUGAUGCCAUAGCAGAGCUGGACACUCUAAAUGAGGAUUCCUACAAGGACUCCACUCUCAUCAUGCAGUUACUUCGAGAUAACCUCACUCUGUGGACGAGUGACCAGCAAGAUGAAGAAGCGGGAGAGGGCAAUAAUUAAGAAGCUUUCCUCUGAUCCCUCUUUCAUCCACUUCACCAUCCCCAUCAUCACCAGUAUUUCCUUACCACAGUCACACUAAAUAUCUAGUGCUAAGCAUAUCUGUAUUGUACAGCUGUUCAGAUCUGCUGUCCACUUUAUCAGGAAGCAGUUUCAGAUAAGUCUUCAUGGGCACUGAUGGAUUGAUUGGUUUAUUGGCCCUAUUUAUCUUAGUUGCACUUGAACAGUGCAGAAGGAUGCAUAUUAAAUGAGGCAUUUUUAGUUUGCCUGUUGAUUAUAAAAUAUGGAAAGAAUAAUGGAAAGUGAUUGAAGAUAAUUAGAUUCCAGUUUAAAAAAAAUUCAUUUAAAAUGAGCUGUCAGUUUUGUUAAGCAGUACAUUUUGUGCAUGCAAAGUAAAUUAGCCACCCCAAAUUUUUUUCAGUCAAUGAAAACAGUAAAGCUGAUGUGAAGUGAUGACCCUAUUCAUCAGUUUACAAUAAACUGUUUGAAAUGUGAGGUUUCAGUAGCAAUUUGUUUUUUUGCCUAACUUAUGUGCACAAUUUCUUUUAAUGCAGUGCAUCUAUCUAAGAGUUUUGAUACUUGUAACCUUUUGCAGUUGUUUUGAAGAAUCAUGAAUUUAUUUUUUGUAAACUCUUUGCUGUUUAGUUGUCUGUGUAUUCUGACAACACUUAUGUCAAUGUUAGCCCAUGUUAAGAUGGAUGACUGAGAUGCCAGACUUCUAAAUUAAAUGUUUUGGAAUUAAAUGAAUAAAAUAAAAUGCUGCUUCGGGGACUAUCUCUACAUAA